AUGAGCAACGCGAACCCUAUCGACGAAAAGGAUCAUACUGUCGAUAGUUCCACAAAGAACACUAUCGAUCCCCAACGAAGUCUUGCUCUCCUCUUCGUCUGUUGGGAGUUCUACCAUGAGUACCAAUUCUAUUUUCCGUCCAAAUUUCUGGCUAAAACCUCGGGACAUUUUCUGCUUCCAAAUCCCAAGGAGCCAUUGUGCAGCAGUUGGGUACGGUUGUACUUCAACAAGUACGAUGUGCUUCAUCUCAGCAACAUUGGAACCUUUUCUCGAAUGCCUGGAUUUACAGAGGUCCUAAAAUCCAACGAAUGGACGAAGUCGAUUGAAGUUCUUCACCUUCCAUGGUCUUGCUUCAUGAAAUACGAUGGUUACACAAUCAAAACCCUCUCCGAAGGUCUCUUAGCUGUAUUCAAGGCAUUUUCUUCUCUGAGAGAAGUUCGAACUGCCUCCGGUCUGAUCCUCUCAUCCUGGCAUCUCGAUCAUGGACAGUGGACCCCCGAUGGUAGCUAUGAAGUUCGUUGCAUGAGUGGCAAUUAUGGUUUUGAUAGCGACUCUGAGGAAAAUGAGUACGAAAAUCGCUUCAGUGGCUCUGAAGAUGAGCAGGAAGUCCAGGAAGGAGAUGGGGCAUAA